UUUGUCCACCUCAACGGCGCCAUUUUGGUCAACCAUAUCGUGACACUGGAAGGUUGUAUAGUAUUCGGUGCGGUUCAGUUUAUUUUCGUGAAGGCGUCAGUCUUAUGAUUUUUUAAGCAGAAGAAAGUCGACGGACUAGAGGAAGAUAAAUACACCAGGAAAUGGCAACGGGAGCAAACGCAACCCCGCUGGGGAAGCUGCACCCGAGUAUCGGCGCUAAGCGGGGCUUCGACUCGGGGCCCGGUGCUGGCUUAAUGCCUCCGCCGGGGCCUCCGGCCUCUUUCCCGCUCCAAAACUUUCAACAGAUGCCGGGUGCCGCUUUCCCAGGAUUUCCCGGGGCUGCUGGUUCAUUUCCAAACCCACCCAUUGCUGGACCGCAGUCUCAAGGCGGAGAUAUGAGUAUGAAGAAGAGGAAAAGGAGUCGCUGGAGCAGCGAGACCCCCGAUCAGAAGACCGUUAUCCCAGGAAUGCCCACCGUCAUCCCUCCCGGCCUUACUCGUGAACAGGAGAGAGCUUAUAUAGUCCAACUGCAGAUCGAAGACCUGACACGUAAACUGCGUACAGGAGACCUGGGAAUCCCUGUUAAUCCUGAGGACAGGUCUCCUUCUCCUGAGCCAAUCUAUAACAGCGAGGGGAAGAGGUUGAACACACGUGAGUACCGCACCCGCAAAAAACUGGAAGAGGAGAGACAUUCACUCAUCACUGAGAUGGUUGGGCUGAACCCUGAGUUUAAGCCCCCUGCUGACUAUAAGCCUCCAGCCACCAGAGUUAGUGAUAAAGUGAUGAUUCCACAGGACGAGUAUCCAGAAAUCAACUUUGUUGGACUUCUCAUUGGGCCACGUGGCAACACGCUGAAGAACAUUGAGAAAGAGUGCUGUGCUAAGAUCAUGAUCCGUGGGAAGGGUUCUGUUAAGGAGGGAAAAGUGGGCCGUAAAGACGGACAGAUGCUUCCAGGAGAAGACGAGCCUCUACACGCCUUGGUCACUGCCAACACCAUGGAGAACGUCAAGAAGGCCGUAGAGCAGAUCCGUAAUAUCCUGAAACAGGGUAUUGAGACCCCAGAGGAUCAGAAUGACCUGAGGAAGAUGCAGCUGAGGGAGCUGGCCCGACUCAACGGCACUCUGAGAGAGGAUGAUAACAGGAUUCUGCGCCCUUGGCAAAAUUCUGAGCCUCGUAGCAUUACCAACACUACCCUGUGCACAAAGUGUGGAGGAGCUGGACAUAUCGCCUCUGACUGCAAGUUUACAAGUACAUAUACCCAGAGGCAAGGUGAUCCACCCCAGUCAGCUCAGGAUAAGGCGCGUAUGGAUAAAGAGUAUCUUUCUCUAAUGGCCGAGCUGGGAGAGGCUCCAGUUCCCGCAUCCGGUGGUGGACACAACAACAACAACCCACCCAGUGGCCCCCGAGGAACUGGACCUAACGCCAACCAGCCACCUCCAAACCGUCCUCCCUGGAUGAACUCGGGCCCUUCAGAUAACAGGAACUUCCAUGGCAUGCAUGGUGGUCCAGGUGGUCAUGGAGGUCCCCACAACUUCCCUCCUCCUAUGCCCAACAUGGGUGGACCACCCAUGCCUCCCAACCCUAACGGCAUGCCCCCACCAUGGAUGCAGCCACCCCCUCCACCCAUGGGCCAGGGCCCAGCUCCUCAUGGACACCCGAUGGGUUUGUUGCCACCUCCUAUGGGCAUGAUGCCACCUCCUCCACCUCCACCAAACAACCAACCACCCCCGCCCCCAUCCGGGCCUCUGCCACCAUGGCAGCAGCAGGCCCCACCCCCUCCACCCACCAGCAGCAUGGCAACCAGUGCCCCGCUGCCAUGGCAGCAGAAUACCCCUACCACUUCCACCCCAGCUACGGGUAACCUGCCUCCAUGGCAGCAACCCCAGCCAGCGGCAAGCUCUGCCGCCCAGCCCCCUCCUCCUAUGGGAAACCCCUCCAUGGUGCCCCCUCCACCUGGGGUUCAGCCCCCACUGCCCCCUGGUGCCCCUCCUCCUCCCCCUCCACCACCUCCAGGCUCAGCAGGCAUGAUGUAUGCACCCCCUCCACCUCCUCCACCCAUGGACCCCAACUUUGUUACCAUGAUGGGAAUCCCAGGAAUUCCUCCAUUUGGGAUGCCACCUGCUCCACCUCCCCCACCACCCCAAAAUUAAAUGCCCCCACAUCAACCACAUGAUAGAGGCUGGAGGACAACAUGACUUGGUUCUACUUGAUGUAUGUUGUUAAUACAGCUGGUGUGGUUGAAAUGUGUAAAUUUGUUUAACUUAAUUUGUUUCUGAUUUUAAAAUUGUAGUGUUUGCUCAGUUGGUAGAUUAUUUGUGGGUGUUUUUUUUUUUUUUUUGGAUGUGCAGGGAAUGGUAUGUGUGUUUGCAGGGCCUUCAUUUCAGUGGUUGGCCUAAAUUUCAGUGCUAAAUGACAUUCCAGACCACAGUAAUUAAACAGUUAUAAUGUUAAUCUAUUUUUUUUUUUUUUUUUUCAUUCAUUACAAAAUCAGAUGGUUUCCUCUCUAAUGAAUCGAAAAAAGUUUUCCAUCCAAAAGCUUUCUUUUGUAAAUUCAUAUCUUUAAAAAAAAAAAAACAAAAAAAAAAAACAGAUUUUGUUGUUGUCUGAAUAUUUUUGUAAUGCUAACUUCAGCUAAAUAAAAGUUGAAAUGGCCUCACAUUUAUGUAGUAACAAAUACAGGUGGGCAGAUUCUUCGCUUAUGUUGUGCUUUUGCAGUUCCAGGUUUGGUUGUUUUUAUUUUUAGGAUUUCUUUUAGAAUGCCUCUGUCUCAAGUGUGCAUAAAAGACUUGAAGCUACUUCAAUCUAUUCAUGUUAUACAGGGCUUUAACUACAUGUGUAUUCCUGACUGCUUCUGCAAGAAUACUGUCCCACUCUUUUGCCCCCACUUUUCUCAGUGUAUUGUCUUCUGAAGCUCCACUCAACUCUUCUCAAGUUGAAAAUCUAUAAAGGAUUUUGCCUCAAGAAAAGGAAAGAUAAAGAUGCAAUGAAAUGAUCUAACAGGUGUACGGGUCUUUUGUAGGAAAUUGCACCUUCACAGUUAGUUCCUCCUGCAUAACCAUGGAAAUGAAACUGAUUUAUUUCUGACUAACCUCAUCCAUUGGGUUUGUGUGAGGUCAUCUGAUACAGUUGUCUAAAUUUAUUUUUGUUCUUCCCCGUAGGCUUUUUUGCUUUGUGUGUGCAACUGUCCAGUCCUGAAGUGCUCAACUAUUUUUUAUUGUAUGUACAGUACAAAAUGGACAAAGUGAAUAUAUGUUAAGUUCCUGUACUCUUAAAAUAAAGGGGAUUAUACAUUUCUAUUAAAAGAACAA